GAGCUGGUUUGCUAGAAGCAGCCGCGGGCCGGGCAAACGAGCGCGUUCCCAAGCGGGCCCGGGGCGGGCGUCCCCGCCGCUUCUCGGAGCGAGCUGGCCGCUGGCGCGGAAUGGAGCGGGGCUCACUUCAGCGCUGGAGCCCAGACGGUCGGGUUGUUCGCAGUCCCGACCCGACUGAAUCCGCCGCUUGUAGUCGGGUCCUGUCGGGUUGCCGGGCUCUCGAAGCCCAGGUAUUAUAUGCAAGGGGUGUGUCGUGAAGGAAGCAGGUGUUUGUUUUCACAUGACUUAACUACAAGCAAACCCUCUACUAUCUGCAGAUACUACCAGAAAGGACAGUGUGCCUAUGGAACUCGCUGCAGAUUUUCAAGGAAGCUGUGGCACUGAAAGACUGGUGCAUUCAUCACAACAUGUACCCCAUAGUCCUGCAUGCCUAGCAGAUCAACUGAAUUGGGACAGAGGAGAACUGCUCAAAUGGCCUCUAAAGACAUCAGUGGCAGAUGAGAUCUUUGCUCUCGGGAGUUAUCUGGAAAUAGAGCUCUCUUUGACAAGGCAUGAGAGUGUGAAUGACCAGUCCAUCUUCAAGAACUCUGGUUACAGAUAUGAUCACACAAGACCAUCUGGGUCUGGUGGUGCAGUGGGUACUGUGCUACCCAGCCUUUCUUCACCAUCGUUCAACAGCCCUAACCCUCUGCCAGAGCAUAACAUGCCUGUAAUCAAGAGCAAAACACAUGAGCCUGGAAAACGCAAAAAGAGAACAUUAGUGCUUAGGGAUAGAGAUUUAUGUGGUUUGAGUGAAGAACAGGUGAGACUCAGUGCCGUGAGUGAUCCAGUGUGUUGCAGUGACAAAAAUGAUAAUCUGGAAGUGAAGCCCCAUUCGUAUUUAGAAGCUAUUUGCAGUGGGCUCGAAGAAGAUUCAGUGGCUGGAAGUUCCUUUACUGAUGGACAGCAGCUAUGUCCCUAUGCAGCAGCUGGGGAAUGCCAGUUUGGUGACAGGUGUCUUUACCUCCAUGGAGAUGUGUGUGAAAUCUGUGAAUUGCAAGUACUUCAUCCCUUUGACCCAGAGCAGAGGAAGGCUCAUGAGAAGAUGUGCAUGGCAGCAUUUGAACACGAGAUGGAGAAGGCCUUUGCCUUUCAGGCAAGUCAGGACAAAGUAUGCAGUAUCUGCAUGGAAGUGGUGUAUGAGAAACCAUCAGCCUCAGAGAGAAGGUUCGGAAUCCUUUCCAAUUGCAAUCACACCUACUGCUUGUCCUGCAUCCGGCAGUGGAGGUGUGCCAAACAGUUUGAGAAUCUAAUCAUAAAAUCCUGCCCACAGUGCCGAGUGACAUCAGAGUUCGUAAUUCCUAGCGUAUACUGGGUAGAAGACCAAAACAAGAAAAAUAAGCUGAUUGAGGCAUUUAAGCAGGGAAUGGGGAAAAAGGCCUGCAAAUACUUUGAACAAGGAAAGGGAACCUGCCCAUUUGGAGGAAAAUGCCUUUACCUUCAUGCUUACCCUGAUGGGACACGAGCUGAACCUGAGAAACCACGAAAACAGCUGAGUUCAGAAGGGACUGUGCGGUUCUUCAAUUCUGUUCGGCUUUGGGAUUUUAUUGAAGACAGAGAAAGUAGGACUAUGCCCACUGCUGAAGAUGAAGUGACGGAGCUUGGAGAGCUUUUCAUGCACCUCUCUGGGGCAGAUCAAGGGUCUGCCCCUCCUCAAUAAAGGGAACUAAGGAACA